AUGAUUCGACAGAACGCUACAGUGUUCUUUCUGCUUGCCAUUUUUGCGAGCGGUGAGGCAGGGUUCUUCCACAAAGCAGAACUACGGAAUGAUAGUUCGGAAUCCAUGCUUCGUCGAGAGUUGGAUCAACUAGAUGGAGAUGGUGGUGGGCUCGAUGGCAAUGGCUCUGACUUGCAAAAUGGUUUCGGAAACUUGGGUGGAUUUGACGGAGAUGGAACCGCUGGAUUUGGCGAUUUUGGUGGUGGGCUCGACGACCCAUCAUCCUCUGGAGGAAAUCCAUUUGGUGGGAUGGACCAGGGGGAUGACUUCUUAUCUGCCAUGGGUGGUUUUGGGACCGAAAUGAUGACCAUGAUGUUUGGCCAAUGCCUUAAAAAUAUUGAUUUGGAGAAGCUUUCGGCUGACCCCUUUGCAGAUGUGAAUGUUGGUUGCAACGCCCAACAAGCUACUACCUUCAACAAUGCCUUGACUAGCUUUGAGACUUGCGCUGGAUUCGACCUAAGGGCGCUCAUUGAAAACUUUGCGAGCAUGUAUGUUGGACUACUUUUGAAUUGUGGAUCGUAUGCAGUCACUGUCAGCAACGAAUUGGAUGGCAUUGGCAUGGGAACGGAAGAUAUGGAGCAGCUAAAGGCCAAGGAAUCUCCACUCCCAAGAGUUCCCCAAGGUUGUGUUGAAGCGUUGGUCGGCAAUAAUCCUUUUGGACAAGCGUUCUUAUAUGCGGAAGAGUUCCCCGGGCGUGAACAAAAGUGCUUUUCGGAGCUGGCAGGCAAAUUGCCAAUGUGCACGUUGGAUGAGUGGCCCAUUCCCAUUGUAGGGAGUUGGCUCAGCUCCUUUUCCUGUAUUUAUGGCAGCGCCCAAGACAUCCUAAUGCCCAUGCUACAAGACUCGAUUUCGGAGGAACUUGACAUGCUGAACAAAUGCCUUCCUCAAAAAAUUACUGCAACGAAUUGCAAGGAGAUUCGCAACAAAUGCAUAUUUGAUUACGAUGACCCUUCACUGGUCAUGGCUAUCCCGCCUCCUUUUUGGAAUCCACCGAUGGCACAAAAAUGCAAAGAGACGGCCGUGGACUCUGGCAUGGACGAUCUUGUCGAUCGAUACGAAGCCUUUCGUCAAACCUGUAUCCCUGCUGAAGAUUUGUUGAUCUGGGACAUUGCUGCAUCGCACCAAGAGAAGCACGUUGGCAAGGAGGGCGGUGGUGCUUCCUACAUGGAAGCAGCUGUAGCGACUCCAAAUGCUUCUUCUAGUGUCGCCCCUAAUAGUGAGCCCACCUCGGCCAUAUUUGUAAAGGGUUUGUUUGCAGGUAUGCUUGUGGCUGUUGUUGGCAUGUUUGGAUUCAGCAAGUUGCGUAGAGGGAGCCAGAGGCCUGUGGGAGAUGACUUUAAUUCUUUGGAGCUUGCGGAGACUUCUGAAUUUACCUAA